ACUCGAAUUCCCAAAAUUCAGCAGUUGGUGAAGGAAUUCUUCAAUGGCAAGGAACCAUCCCGUGGUAUUAACCCAGAUGAGGCUGUUGCUUACGGUGCUGCUGUUCAGGCUGGUGUACUCUCAGGAGAUCAGGAUACUGGUGACCUUGUUCUUCUUGAUGUGUGCCCUCUUACCCUUGGUAUUGAAACUGUUGGAGGUGUCAUGACUAAACUGAUCCCAAGAAACACCGUUGUCCCCACAAAGAAGUCUCAGAUCUUCUCCACAGCCUCUGAUAACCAACCCACCGUGACAAUCAAAGUUUAUGAAGGUGAACGGCCACUGACCAAAGACAACCACUUGUUGGGCACUUUUGAUCUGACUGGCAUCCCUCCAGCUCCUCGUGGAGUUCCACAGAUUGAAGUUACCUUUGAAAUAGAUGUGAAUGGCAUCCUUCGUGUGACGGCCGAAGACAAAGGUACUGGCAAUAAGAACAAAAUCACCAUUACAAAUGAUCAGAACCGCCUGACUCCCGAUGAAAUCGAAAGAAUGGUGAAUGAUGCAGAGAAAUUUGCAGAAGAAGAUAAAAAACUCAAAGAGCGCAUUGAUACAAGAAACGAGUUGGAAAGUUAUGCAUAUUCACUCAAGAAUCAGAUAGGUGAUAAAGAGAAA